CUACAUUUCCCUCCUCAAACAAUGGCCACGAGUCUGGCAAAAAAAGAAGAAAGAAAGGUUAGGGACACUCGGCUUGAACAAGCAAUAGAACAUGACGAUGUUGAUGAGCUACACAGGUUGAUCGUGGAGGAGCGAAAACUCUUAGAUCGUGCAUCUAAGGACCCCUUCCCAAACACUCCACUACACAUUGCGGCGGCCGCUGGGAAAACCGACGUGGCCAUGGAGAUGGCCAUUAUGAAACCAUCGUUCGCUCGGAAGCUAAAUCCGGAGGGUUACAACCCCAUGCACUUGGCUUUGAAAUUCCAGCAUUAUGACACCGCGAGGGCACUUAAGACCUUCGACCCCAAGUUGAUCCGAGUCCGAGGACGAUGCGGUUUCACCCCUUUGCAUUAUAUCGCCGAGAAACAAGGAGAGAAUGAGCCGGAGCUCUUGGCCGAAUUCCUUUUUGCUUGCAAACCGUCUAUCAAAGACUUGACGAGUCGAGGUGAGACUGCGGUUCACAUUGCCCUCAAGAACCAAAACGUUGAAGCAUUCAAGGUUUUGUUUGGAUGGCUUCAACGAGUCAAUCUGACACAUAUCUUGAAAUGGAAAGACCACGAUGGUAACAACGUCUUGCAUAUUGCUGUGUCUAAUAAGCAACCUAAGAUCAUCAAGCUUCUGAUCAAACACGCGGAUGUAAAUGCGAAGAACUCUGAGGGUAAGACGGCUUUUGACAUCUUUAUAGAAAAUCCUCGCCACAAUCAAAAUCUUGAGAAGAGGUUACGCCCUAAAAGAUGUUCUAGCCAUCCCCCCCUCUCUCUAUCACGGUUUUUUAGCAUGGAACUAACUGGCCUAGAGAAGUACGAAUUUUUCUUUGGCUUUGGAGAUGAAACAGCUCGCGACAUAAUCCUUGUCGUGUCUACCUUAAUUGCGACCGCCACUUACCAAGCCGCUCUCAGUCCUCCAGGAGGAUACUGGCAGGAUUCCUCUUCAAAUCCCUCGACCAAUUCCACCGCCGCCAGUAUUGAAAACUCGCAUCAAGCCGGAGACAUUAUCAUGAACGGCUGGAGUCUAUAUUUCUUCUCGGUCGUCAACAGCAUGGCCUUUUUCACCUCCAUCGGCGCAAUCUGGGCCACCGCUAUUCCACUAUUGCCUCGCACUAACAUGGUUUGCAUCGCUAUGGUCAUUCUCGGCACUGCCUUCUCUUAUAGUCUUGUAUCCCAAUUCCCAAAAUCUGAGGCUGUCCCAGCAAAUUUGCUAGGGGGAUUUUAUGUGUCGUUGGUGGUCGCCGGGUUGGUGGUCCCCUUGGUCGUGUGGAGAAACCACGCCAGAAUUGUAAACAGAAUCGAUGCCACAGGGAGACGUGUCGACACUCUCCUAGAGUCGAAAGGUCGACAAUGUGAGCGUUGAUUACUU